AUGAGCGAUCGGACUAUUAUCCGGAAAAGGGCCUUUCCAUACGUCUUGCGGCCUGCAAGGCCCGACUCGGUCCCGCGCGUCCCAGGCCCGAACCUGCGCCGGGAGCGGGGCUGGGCGCACACUGAGGCCGCGUUGACGCUUGCUCCCCGGCUCCCAUUCCAGGUCCUGUUGCACGUGCUGUUCGAGCACGCGGUCGGCUACGCGCUGCUGGCGCUGAAGGAAGUGGAGGAGAUCAGUCUGCUGCUGCCGCAGGUGGAGGAGUGCGUGCUCAACCUGGGCAAAUUCCACAACAUCGUUCGUCUAGUGGCCUUUUGUCCCUUUGCCUCAUCCCAGGUUGCCUUGGAAAAUGCCAAUGCAGUGUCUGAAGGUGUUGUUCAUGAGGACCUCCGUCUGUUCUUGGAGACCCACCUGCCGUCCAAAAAGAAGAAAGUACUCUUGGGGGUCGGGGAUCCCAAGAUCGGUGCUGCAAUACAAGAGGAAUUAGGGUACAACUGCCAGACCGGAGGCGUGAUAGCCGAGGUCCUACGAGGAGUUCGUCUGCACUUCCAUAAUCUGGUGAAGGGUCUGACCGAUCUGUCCGCUUGCAAAGCCCAACUGGGGCUGGGACACAGCUAUUCUCGUGCCAAAGUUAAGUUUAAUGUGAAUCGGGUGGACAAUAUGAUCAUCCAAUCCAUUAGUCUCCUGGACCAGCUGGAUAAAGACAUCAAUACCUUCUCUAUGCGUGUCAGGGAGUGGUACGGGUAUCACUUUCCGGAGCUGGUGAAGAUCAUCAACGACAAUGCCACGUAUUGCCGCCUCGCCCAGUUUAUCGGAAACCGAAGGGAGCUGAAUGAGGAAAAGUUGGAGAAGUUGGAGGAGCUGACGAUGGAUGGGGCCAAGGCUAAGGCUAUUCUAGAUGCCUCACGGUCCUCUAUGGGUAUGGAUAUAUCUGCCAUUGACUUGAUAAACAUCGAGAGCUUCUCCAGUCGUGUGGUGUCUUUGUCAGAGUACCGCCAGAGCCUACACACUUACCUGCGCUCCAAGAUGAGCCAAGUAGCCCCCAGCCUAUCAGCCCUAAUUGGGGAAGCGGUAGGUGCACGUCUCAUCGCUCAUGCUGGCAGCCUCACCAACCUGGCCAAGUAUCCAGCAUCCACUGUGCAGAUCCUUGGGGCUGAAAAGGCCCUGUUCAGAGCCCUGAAGACAAGGGGUAACACACCAAAAUACGGACUCAUUUUCCACUCCACCUUCAUUGGCCGAGCAGCCGCCAAGAACAAAGGCCGCAUCUCCCGAUACCUGGCAAACAAAUGCAGUAUUGCCUCACGAAUCGAUUGCUUCUCUGAGGUUCCCACAAGUGUAUUUGGGGAGAAGCUUCGAGAACAAGUUGAGGAACGGUUGUCCUUCUAUGAGACUGGAGAGAUUCCGCGGAAGAACCUGGACGUCAUGAAGGAAGCCAUGGUUCAGGCAGAGGAGGCGGCUGCUGAGAUUGCUAGGAAACUGGAGAAACAGGAGAAGAAACGCUUGAAGAAGGAAAAGAAACGACUGGCUGCGCUUGCCCUCGCUUCUUCAGAAAACAGCAGUAGUACUCAGGAGGAGUGUGAGGAGACGGUUGAAAAACCCAAAAAGAAGAAAAAGCAAAAGCCCCGGGAGGUUCCUCAGGAGAAUGGAAUGGAAGACCACCCAUCUAUCUCUGUCUCCAAACCCAAGAAAAAGAAAUCUUUUUCCAAGGAAGAGUUGGUUAGUAGUGAUCUUGAGGAGGAGGCCACUGUCAGCGUAAGUCUUCCCAAGAAGAAGAAAUCUUCACCAAAGGAGGAAGCAGUAGUCAGUGAUCCCGAAGAGACAGGCAACAAGAGUGUCUCUAAGAAGAAAAGGAAAUUCUCUUCCAAGGAGGAGACAGUCAGCAGCGGGCCUGAAGAGGCUGCUGGCAGCAAGAGCAGCUCCAAGAAGAAGAAAAAGUUCCACAAAGCACCCCAGGAAGAUUAGAAUGGACAUUCCCUGUGAGGAGGGGUAUGCCAUACCCCACGGUGACAUUUCCCACUCCAUGUCUCAUACUCCAAUAAAAACAAAAUUCACC